AUGCGCAUACUCGAGAUCAUGAAUGACUUUCGAACGUUGCAAAUACAUAUUUCUUCACUCAUUACACGCAACGAGGCACAUCCUCCCGACCAGCAAUCCUACUACCUUGAUGGCUAUGUAGUGCUGAGGCAGGGCGCAGCUGAGUCUCAGGCGAUUCUGGCAACGCACUACAACCCGGGAAACCUUGGACUACAAGCUGGUCAUGUUGCCGAAACUGAGGUUCAGAAGGCUACAUUACAGAGGUACCCUGCGUGGAUCUCGGGAGUUCUCGACAGAUUACUGACAAAAGCGCAGAAUAAUCCUCGACUCCUCAACGAGACGCCUUCAAGCACACAAAAUCUAUCUACGAGCCUCAUCGGCAAUGCGAUGGAUCCAGAUGCGGACUCAAAUCCUGAAGGGAGAGGCGCCUGGGCAGAAACAUGCUAA